GUCGCGAAAUCACCCAACACGAGUCGUUACAAAGAAAACAAAAUAAAAUGUAGACAAAAAUAUUUUUUUCUCUUCGCGAUUCGUGAUAUAGUCGGGUAGCAUUAUUGUCGCAAAUUAAAGUUGGUAUUCGUGAUUUUAAUUCAAAAAAUACGUCGAGAUAAAACAGGGGUUUUUAAGUAUUAAGAAAAAAAGAGUAAAAAACACGGAAGUUCUAUGAUAUAACUGAUAUUUUUGCUAUAGCAAUUGAAACAUAUUUUUUUACCGCAUACAGAUCGCUUUUUGGCUUCGCUAACGUAUAUAGGAAUUGAUCGUUUUACGAAAAGUCUAUCGAUUUUUCUCGAUAUAUAACAUUAACAAUAAAAAAGCUAAUCUCAAAAUCGUUCGAUAAUAACUUUUUAUAACUUAUACAACUCAUAUACACCUAGGCUUAAGGAUUAAUGAUAUUUGAUCAGCUUUGAACUCAAAGAUAUAUUGGACUUAAAUUUUUGUCAUAUUCAUGAUUAAAAUAGACUUGUGCUUUGAAACGUGUGAUAAUUAGCUUAGAAGCUUCCGGGAUAUUUUGGAAAACUGUAGUAUUUGCUGAAAAGUCUGAUUUAAAAUACGUAGCUCAAAAGUCUUUAGAAAGGGUAGACUUGUUUUUUGUGGUAAUGAUAGUAGAAGAGAGCAGAUUGGAAAAUGUCUAAAACCAUUAACGCGUAUAGAAUUAAAAAGAUCGAGAGCUUAGGCAAAAUGACCGCUAUGACGCAAGAGGAGAUAGUAGCUGCCGUGAGGACGGUAGCUCAGGGUUUGGAAGCGCUACGUAGCGAACACGCUGGUCUACUUCACGGUAUCCCACCUGACGCCCCGGAAGGCCAAGAGAGACAGAGCCUGGUCCACCAGAGUCAGGAGAUGAUCGAGUUGGGACUGGGAGAGGCUCAAGUUAUCAUGCACCUGGCAUCCCACCUUCAAAUGGUCGAGGCAGAGAAACAAAAGUUACGCGCUCAAGUCCGCCGUCUCUGCCAAGAGAACGCAUGGCUUCGGGACGAAUUAGCCUCAACACAACAGAGACUACAAGCCAGUGAACAGGCUGUUGCGCAACUUGAAGAAGAGAAAAAUCACCUAGAGUUCAUGAGCUUAGUGCGCAAAUACGACCAAGAUCAAGAAGAAGGCCAAGGAGGCGAAGGCAGAAGUCAGGAGAAAUCAGAUCCUGUUGUUGACUUGUUUCCAGAUGAUCAAGAUGACGAUAGAAACAAUCUGUCACCUACGCCGCAAAACCAACUUAAUCUUUCACAACAGGUCAAUGCCGGUUAUGAAAUACCAGCCCGUUUAAGGACAUUGCACAAUUUGGUUAUUCAAUAUGCGUCUCAGAGCCGAUACGAAGUUGCCGUUCCUUUAUGCAAGCAGGCCUUGGAAGAUUUAGAAAAAACUAGCGGGCACGACCAUCCAGACGUUGCUACUAUGUUGAAUAUUCUAGCUUUGGUAUAUAGAGACCAGAAUAAAUACAAAGAGGCCGCCAAUUUACUUAACGACGCCCUUGCCAUCCGAGAAAAGACCUUAGGGGAAAACCACCCGGCCGUCGCGGCCACUCUGAAUAAUUUGGCGGUACUCUACGGCAAACGGGGCAAAUACAAGGACGCCGAGCCGUUGUGUAAGCGUGCCUUAGACAUUAGGGAAAAGGUACUCGGGAGGGAACAUCCGGACGUCGCUAAACAACUGAACAACUUGGCUUUGUUGUGUCAGAAUCAGGGAAAAUAUGACGAAGUGGAAAAGUACUAUCAGCGAGCCCUCGAAAUUUACGAGAAGCGUUUAGGAGGUGACGAUCCGAACGUAGGCAAAACGAUGAAUAACUUGGCCUCCUGCUACCUGAAACAGGGGAAAUACAAGCAAGCCGAAGUUCUCUACAAACAGAUCCUGAACAGGGCGCACGAGAGAGAGUUCGGCCUCAUUGACGGUGACAACAAACCUAUUUGGCAGGUGGCGGAAGAAAGGGAAGAGAACAAAGCUUGCAACAGGGAGAACGCCCCCUACGGCGAGUACGGCGGGUGGCAUAAGUCGGCCAAUGUCGAUUCCCCCACCGUGACCACCACUUUGAAGAAUCUCGGCGCCCUCUACAGGAGACAGGGCAAGUACGAAGCGGCGGAAACCUUAGAAGAUUGUAUCUUGCGAACCAAGAAAGAGCAAGCUCUCGACAUUGUAAAGCACUCUAAGGUGGGGAACUUGUUGGGCGAUGACAGGCGCAAAAGUGCCAAGACAUCACGCAGGGGCUCCAGAGAAUCACUGGAAAUGUCUUUCGAUGGCGAAGAGAUGAAAACAUCUAUGAAGCGAUUUCCAUAAAAUAGCGAUACUAGUGUUUUUAGCCAUAAUGCUUUAUAAAUUUGGCUCGGACCAAAUCCAUAACUUUUCGGCGGUGGCAAAAGAAACUCAAAUUAUGAAAUUCGUUACAAAAAGCAAAGAUUGUCAAAAAUCCGAACAAGAUCUUUAAUCAAAUAAGUUUAAACACAUCGGUGCUUUCUAGGAUCGCUAAUUGUUCAAUAAUAAUACGAGUGAGAAUUAAAUGUAUUAACGCCGUUUUUUAAAGGAAACUUAUAAAUUACUAUUCAAAGUAGUACCGCCGUUAUUUUUUAUUUAGUACUAUUUUUUAAUCAAAUCUGGAUCCUGAUUCUAAAUCUUUUUGACAGUUGAAAAAAAUUGCAACAAUUUCGUACGACAAUGUAAGAUCGUUAGGUUCGUUCCAACACAGCAGAAAACCGUUCUUGUGCAAUAGCUUCUACGUCCCACUUAAGCACACUGUGUCACUUUGGAUCUACAACCAAAAUGAAUCGUUCAGAUUGAAUUCAUCCAAAUUGAACAUCCUCGUUUACAUAUUUUCAUCCAGUUCGCAGCAGUUCACUGUUUCAUCUUCCGCAGGCUGCCACCUCUCCCAGUGUUUUCUAUAUCGAGUUUGGCCGCACGGGUCGGCGUCGGCUGUUUACAUUUUUCACUUGCCGUUCAAUCUGGAUGAAUCAACGGUUCGUUGAACGCUUCUUUCAACAAAAGUAGGAAGACCGUCAACUUGUUUUAUCGUUCAAUUUUAGUGUACACUUUGGAUGAAACAGUGAUGAAAGGCAAUUUAUACUUAUCACUUUGGAUGAUUCAUCCAAAGUAACAAAUGUAAAUGAGCCUUCAGAUUGAAUUCAUCCAAAUUGAACAUCCUUGUUUACAUAUUUUCAUCCAGUUCGCAGCAGUUCACUGUUUCAUCUACCGCAGGCUGCCACCUCUCCCAGUGUUUUCUAUAUCGAGGUUGGCCGCACGGGUCGGCGGCGGCUGUUUACAUUUUUCACUUGCCGUUCAAUCUGGAUGAAUCAACGGUUCGUUGAACGCUUCUUUCAACAAAAGUAGGAAGACUGUCAACUUGUUUCAUCGUUCAAUUUUAGUGUACACUUUGGAUGAAACAGUAAUGAAAGGCAAUUUAUACUUAUCACUUUGGAUGAUUCAUCCAAGUUGCACAUCCAAAGUGACAAAUGUAAAUGAGCCUUUUAGCUAUAGCCAAUUUUGCAAGAGCAGCUGUGGAUCCAUUGGUUAGGUCGUCGCUUCGGGAUCGAGAGGUCCCAAGUUCGUGUCCCACAAAU